AAUGUUAACUCAUCCAUUCUAACAGAGAGAAAUAUCGUCCGGGUGGCACAAGAAAAGGGCCCGUCAAAAGGCGAGAGUGCAAGUAGGUAGCAUAUUGGAAAAUUAGGAUAUAGAGGGUUCGCGGCGACCCGUCGGGCUCCCCAUCUCCCCGUCUCUCUCCAUAGAUAGAUACACCAGGCCCGGGCUGCGAGCUCCGAAUACGGACACGGCCACUCCUCUUGACUCACACAACUGCCCAAUCUGGGCCACGCUCACGUAUUCUCCCCCUUCCCCCCCCCCUCCUGGGCCGAGCAUCUCUUUUUUUUUUUGUCCUCCCCACUCCCCCCUUCCCGGCACCUUUGAAAACGCUAGAGCGAGGGAGAACCACUUGAAGCCACCGACCAUGCCAGCGGCCCCGCCCACGCCAGACGUCCUAGUCCACCUCCCGGCCAGCGGCGCGCCCCUGCCGCCGGCGCUCCUCGCGCGCCUCGCGGCGCGGCAGCACGCGCUACCACUACUGCGGCGCCUGCGCUUCGCGGCGCGGGUCGCCGGCGCGACGACGGAGCACGCGCGUGUGCUGUACUGCGGCGGGGGCUUCUCCGCGGCGACGGAGGAACAAGAAGGAGGAGAAGCGCGCGCGGGCGAGGACGGCGCCCCGUUCGCCGCCGCGUACCUCGACGUGUCGCGCGCGCCCGAGACGCAGCUGUGGCUGUACGCGUCGCUCGAGGACGCGGCGCCUGCGGAGACGGAGGAGGCGGCCGAGUGCGCGUGGCGCGUGCUGCGCGAGGUCCGGCGGCAGCACGGCGCGUACGCCGCGGGCGCGGACGGCCCCGCCGCCGUGCUCGCCGGCUCGCUCGGCGAGGCGCUGCGCGCGGCGCUCGCCACCCGCGGCGCCGUCUUCGCCCGCGUCGGCCUCUACGACAAGUGGCUGCUCCGCGCGCGCGGGCUGCCGCCGCCGGCUGCGGCUCCGCCCGGCCUGCGCUGGGGCCCCGUGCGCCGCCGCGACGUGCCCCUCAUGCUCGCGCGCACUAGCAUCCCGCGCCAGGAGCGCACCGUGGUCCUGCUCCCGAGCCUGGCGCUCUUCCGCGAGGACGACGGCGAGCCCGUCGCCUGGGCGCUUCUAGGCCCCGACUCCUCGCUCAGCAACCUGCACGUCGAGCCGGCGUACCGCGGCCAGGGCCUCGCCAAGGCCGUCGCCGCGAAGCUGCUACGCGACCGCCUGCGCGACUACGGGGCCGCCGCCGACGACGGCUACGACGAAUACGACGACUACUGCUGGGCCGACGUCGCACCCGACAACCCCGGCAGCCAGGCCGUCUGCAGGAGCCUAGGUGGGCGGAUAGGCUGGUCGGUGUCGUGGUAGGUCUCCCCCCCCUCGUGCUUGUAUAUGCGCAGCAUUCCCCUAGUUACGUGCCUACCCUAUAUACUCUAUCGCGUCGGCCUUUAAGUAGCGCAAUAUUGAUAGCGUACGCAGGAGCAGGAUAGACCUUGACAAGACCUUCCGGGGCCAGUAACUCUCUAUUUUCUUCUCAAUUA